UAACUUCCAACUUCAAAGGCGCCAAAAUCAACCUCUCAAAUGCGCUUUCUCAAUUCUCUCUCCUCAAACCACCACCUCCUCCUCCCUACCAAACUCCAAACCGCUAAAGCUUCUUCAAUUGUUACAAAAAUGACGGCUUCAUCCAAUUCUUCUAUAACGUGGUUCCGAAAGGGGCUGCGAGUCCAUGAUAACCCGGCUCUUGAACACGCUGCUACAGGGUCGGAUUUUGUGUACCCGAUUUUUGUGAUCGACCCGCAUUAUAUGGACCCUGACCCGGAUGCUUUCUCGCCUGGUUCGUCGAGGGCUGGGGUGAACCGUAUUAAGUUUCUUCUUGAGAGCUUGUUGGACUUGGAUUGUGGUCUUAGGAAGAUUGGGUCUAGGUUGUUGGUUUUCAAGGGUGAGCCUGGUGAUGUCUUGAUUCAUUGCUUGAAACAGUUGAACAUAAAGAAGCUUUGUUUUGAGUAUGAUACUGAUCCAUAUUAUCAAGCUAUAGAUGCUCGAGUUGAGAAAUAUUCAUCUCAAGAAGGAAUUGAGGUUUUCUCUCCUGUUAGCCAUACACUGUUUGAUCCUAGAGUGAUCAUACAUAAGAACGGGGGAAAGCCACCUCUUACUUACCAGUCAUUUCUGAAGCUUGCUGGUCAACCCUCUUGGGUAUCUUCCCUAGUUUCUACUGGACCAUCAUCAAUUCCUCCUCCUGGAGAUGUAGGAGAUUUGCAGAUCUCAAAUGUUCCAACAAUGGAAGAACUUGGCUAUGGAAAUGUUGCACAGCAUGAAUUUUCUCCCUUUAAAGGUGGUGAAUCUGAAGCACUGAAGAGGUUGAAGCUAUCACUUGAUGAUAAGGCGUGGGUGGCAAAGUUUGAGAAGCCAAAAGGGGAUCCCUCUUCCUUUCUUAAGCCUGCAACUACUGUUUUAUCACCAUAUUUGAAAUUUGGUUGUUUAUCUUCGAGGUACUUCUACCAAUGCAUUCAGGAAAUUUAUAAGAACGUCAAGCAACAUACAUCACCUCCUGUUUCUCUUCAUGGGCAGUUGUUGUGGCGGGAUUUCUUCUAUACAGCAGCUUUUGGCACUCCCAAUAUUGACCGGAUGAGGGGUAACCGAAUAUGUAAGCAGAUUCCCUGGAACGAAGAUAGCGAGCUGUUUGCUGCUUGGAGAGAUGGAAGAACUGGAUAUCCUUGGAUUGAUGCCAUCAUGAUACAGCUUCAUAAAUGGGGCUGGAUGCACCAUCUUGCUCGGCAUUGUGUUGCAUGCUUUCUUACCCGUGGUGAUUUGUUUAUUCAUUGGGAGAAAGGCCGUGAUGUCUUUGAAAGGCUAUUGAUUGAUUCAGAUUGGGCAAUAAACAAUGGAAAUUGGCUCUGGCUUUCUUGUUCCUCAUUCUUUUAUGAGUAUCACAGAAUUUACUCACCAAUCUCAUUUGGAAAGAAACAUGAUCCAAAUGGUGAUUUUAUCAGGCAUUUUCUCCCAGUAUUGAAAGAUAUGCCAAAACAGUACAUUUAUGAACCAUGGACAGCUCCUAAAAGCAUCCAAGUAAAGGCUAAAUGCAUAAUCGGAAAAGACUAUCCAGGUCCUGUGGUUGCCCAUGACACUGCAAGCAAAGAAUGCAAAAGGAAGUUGGCUGAAGCGUAUGCGUUGAACCGCUUGUCCAAUGGCUCUGUUAGUGAAGAUGAUUUAACAAAGUUAAGACGAAAAUUAGAGGAAGAUCAACAAACACCAAAACAAGCAGUUAAAAGGCAAAAACAGAAGUUAAUUACUGAUUCACUAUAGACUAUAGUAUCUUGAUCUGUAGGUAAGCUGAUUGUCUAGAUUGUACACAUCCAUAUUCCGGUCAUGUGGAUGUUUGUAGUAAGUUAUGUGAUAUGUUAAGUCUUUAUUGUGAUCUAAUGUAAUUAGUUAAGUACUAAAACAGUUCCCAUUCUUCUGUAGGACAAAAGUUUCUAAUGUAACAGGUUGAAAAGUUAUUAGCGUUUAAUUUAACCAUGAUUAUUUUACAA